AUGAUUCCAACGGAUUUACCAUUUGAUUUUAAACGCCUAAAAUUUCCAGUACGUCUGGCCUUUGCGAUGACCUUAAAUAAAUCGCAAGGACAAUCGUUAGAAGUUUGCAGAAUCAAUUUAAAAUUUCUAUUUCGCGCAUGGAUGAUUAUAUGUUGCGUGUUCGCGCGUCGGAAAACCUUCACAAAACAUGUGUCUGUCAAUAUCAAAUUUGAACAUUAUAAAUAG